GGGAGCCGGCGCUGCCCAGCAGCCCGGCCUUGGCGGUGGAAGCCUUCCGCUUCAAGGACUCGCUGGCCGAGGACCUGGGGAGGGCGGACCUGGUCAUCAGCCACGCAGGUGCAGGUAGCUGUCUGGAGACACUAGAAAAAGGAAAACCACUAAUAGUAGUAACAAACGAAAAGCUGAUGCACAACCAUCAGCUUGAACUGGCAAAACAGCUCCACAGAGAUGGGCACGUCCUCCGCUGUAAUUGCAGCACUCUUGUGGAGACACUGCAGUCGAUGGACUUGUCAACUUUGAAACCUUUUCCUCCUGGACAGCCAGAAAAGUUUGCUUUGUUCUUGGAUAAAGUUGUUGGGUUCAGCAGCCGCGCGCCUAGCCGCCACGCGCCGCGCAGCGCCCCGGGCGGAGCGCCCCUCUCCCGCUUCGGCCUUUGCCCCUUCGGCCGCCGCCGCCCGGGGAGGAUGCAGAAGGGCUGGAAGAAGUACUUCGGGCAGAAGUCCUUCAGCGAGGUGGCCAUGGACGAGUACCUGGGCAGCCUGGGGCUGUACCGCAAGAUGACGGCCAAGGACGCCUCCUGCCUCUUCCGAGCCGUCUCGGAGCAGCUGUUUUCAUCUCAAAUUCAUCACGUGGAAGUUAGGAAAGCUUGCGUCUUGUUCAUGAGGCAACAUCAGCAUAAGUUUGAAUCUUAUGUGGAGGGAUCAUUUGAGAAAUACCUUGAACGACUAGGAGAUCCAAAGGAAAGCGCUGGCCAGCUGGAAAUGAGUGCUUUAUCAGUGAUGUACAAGCGAGACUUUAUUUUGUACCGGUACCCUGGAAAGCCACCCGCUUAUGCUACAGACAAUGGCUUUGAAGACAAGAUUUUACUGUGUUGUUCCAGCAAUGGCCAUUAUGACUCUGUGUAUAUAAAACAAUUCCAGGAAAAUGCUGCUAUUUGCCAGGCUGUAUUGUAUGAGAUCCUGUACAAAGAUGUGUUUGGCAUGGAUGAGGAAGAAUUAAGGUCUGCAGUUGAGGUGUUUCGAAGUGGAUCCAAGAAGAACAGAAACAGUGGCUCUUUAGGAAGUGAGGAUGCAAACUUUGAUUGUCUUCAUGAAAAAGUAUCCAGAAAUCCAUCAGAAAAGAGAGUGGACAACUGGGAAGGCAAUGAUACUGACAAUCCACAGGAAGAUAAGUUCAAACAAGGCAUUGAAGAAGAAAAGCCUCCAGAAAACCCAUCAAAGAUGCCCGUUCCUUACAAAGUGCUGAAGGCACUGGACCCUGAGAUCUAUCGAAAUGUGGAGUUUGAUGUUUGGCUGGACAGCAGAAAAGAGCUUCAAAAAACUGACUACAUGGUGUUUGCUGGGAGACAGUACUAUUUAGGAGACAAGUGUCAGGUACGUCUGGAGCCUGGAGGUAAGUAUUACAAUGCUCAUAUCCAGGAGGUCGGACAGGAUGGCAACACGUUGACUGUAUUCGUAGAGGAGCUGGCAGAAAAGCACACAGUUCCUUUGGCAAACUUAAAACCAGUGACACAAGUGGCGCCUGUCCUUGCUUGGAACAUGGUUCCCAGCCGAAAAGGAGGAACCUAUCAGAAAAUAACAGGUGGAUACUUCUCAGGAAUAGAAAUGGAUAUGAAAACACGGAAGAGAAUGCUUAAGAAAGUUCGUGGAAAGGAAGUGUUUAUGACUGUGGCUUAUAGCAGGGGUCAGCCAGUUCUUCCACCCCGGCUACAGCACAGUGUUCCUUCAGGGCGCUCUCCUUCAGUUCACUGCUCACAGGGUGGUGGAAACAUGGCACCUUACGAAACCUAUCAUCCUCAGAGACAUAACCGUGGAUUUGGGAUGCCAAGGGGAUCUGCCCGAUUUAUAAACAGGCACAACAUGGUUGGCCCUCAAAUAGCAUUCUACCCCAGUCCAGGAAAGAGAUGCUAUCAGAGCUAUGGCAAUUUCUCCUGCAGCUCAUACAGCCGUAGCCGCCGUCAGAUGCAGUGUGUGAAUAAGGAAUGUCAGUAUGGGUUUGUACCAGAGAAUGGAGAGGAGCCUCAAGGACCAGAAGAAACUAUAACUUUCUAUGAAAUUGAAGGAGAGGAUGACACUGCUUUUCCUACUUUACCAAGCCAGGGUAGCCCUCCUCCUAUUGUCCAUGGUCCAGCAGGUUUUUGGGUAGCAAGGAGAGGCCCAAACGCUGUUCCACCUAACAAACAGACUCUGAAUUCCUCAGAGGAGGAAGAAGAAACAAGUGAAAAUGGUGAAUUUCAUGAAGAAUAUAUAUAUGCACCUCCAGAUCCCGACUGUGAAACUGCAACAGUAUUUAGUUCAGCAGAACCUACAGCAAACUUGGUGUUGGUGAACUCUGCAGCAGUCUCAUCCUCAACAGGUGUUUAUGCUGCUCCAGCUACAGGCUUCUCCUCAAAUUCUGCUGCCUCCGCUCCAGCUACUGUCACAACAGCAGUUCCCCCACAAACAGCAGUUCAGCCAGUCCUAGUAUCUCCCCUUUCUGUAGGGAGGCCAGCAGUUUCUUCAGUGCCAUUCCCAAUUUAUUCAGCUCCUCUUCCUCCAGUCAGUGAGGCGGGAGAAGCUGGUGCCGUUCUUCCACCUUACUCUUGUGAUCCCAGUGGCAGUGAUCUGCCUCGAGAUACAAAGGUCUUGCGGUAUUAUUUUAAUCUGGGAUUGCAAUAUUAUCAUCAGAGCUAUUGGCCUUCCAUGGUGUAUGUACAGCCAGUGCUGCCACCAUCACCUGUGGAAGUUUAUCCAGCAUAUGCUGAGCCAGCUCCUGUCCUAGAUCAGUCAGUACCUCAGCUCUACACUGAUGCUGGGCGAACUGAAGUCCACCAAGUUCCCUUGGAAGCACCUGCAAAUGGUAACUUUCAAAAUGCAGAGCCUCCACCCCUGUCCUACGGGCCAGUAUAUUACCCAGUCGUGUCGGACCCCUUCAGCCAGCAAUCUCUCCCUGGGUUUGAUUCUUUAGUACCCGCCUAUCGCUAUAUUAGUACCUGGCAUCCAGUAAAUCCACCAUAUGGAAAUUCUCCACAAAUUGCUAAUGCUGUAAGUUCUGGACCGCUGCACCAAGUCAGCUAUAUUGCCUCACCUAGCCCUGCACCUCAUGACGUGCCUCAAGGAAUGUAA